CUAAAAGAUACAAUUGAUGAGGAGACUAUAACGAAAAAGGAAAAAAUGAGGAAGAUCGAAAGCAAGUUGAUGUUAAAAGGAGGAACCAACCAAAGGCAAUUGUAAUAAUAUAUAUUCAAAAUUCGACACACUCUGCCAUAUUGAGUCUUCUUCUCUUUGGAUUCUCUUGUUUUCACAACGAUAUGGCUUCUGGUGGAACAACAUCAAGCAGGAAGAGGCGAAGCACAGAGAUAAAGGAAGUGAAACAGAAAAACAAGCGUCACGCGACUUUCUGCAAACGCAAACAAGGGCUUUUCAACAAACUCACCGAACUCUCUCUUCUUUGCGACGUGAAAACCGCAUUGAUCAUUAUCUCUCCAAGCGACAUGCUCUAUUCUUGCGGCUAUCCCGACGCCGACGCUGUUCUUCGCCGCUAUCUCGGCGUCGGAGGAAGCCUCCAAAGAAACCACUGUGUCAAGACCCACGCAAGGGCAUGUGUUGGAGGAGACUUGGAGUGUGCAUGCAAAACGAAUGAGAAAGAGAGAAUAGAAUGUGAAAGCCUAAGGGUGGAGUACGAGGCCACUCAAAAUCUGUUGAAAGCAGAGACAAAGCGUCUUCAAGCGAUGACGAAGGCACAAACUGAUUCGUGCUUUGAUCCUUGGUGGAAUCUCCCCACAGAGGGUAUGAGUUUGGAGAGUCUCCAAACUUUCAAAGCUUCCUUGGAGAGUUUGAAGCUUAACCUUGUUGCUGCGGUACAAGAGAAGCAGUUAUUUACUUCGGUUUCACCAACGUCACAUGUUCUUGUUCCGCCACCACAAUUACCAAACAUGUCAUAGUUUCGGUGAAACCAAGUUCAAGAUUAUUGGAACAGUGGUGCUACCCAUUCCAAGUUCGAACACACUCAUGUUACUCGUAUAUAUAGGAUCAAUUGUUAGCUAGCUGUAGUGUCAAUUCGUACAUGCAAUUGUUUUUCUUGUUUGAUAUUGGUAUUAUAUAUUAUAUGGUUUGAAAAUUGAAUGUGUAUUUGUUUUGUGAUAGAAGCACAUAGUAGUUGUUUAGGAGAUUGAUUUUUUUUUUUUGAGAGGAAAUCAGCUGUGAGAUGUUCUGCUUG